AUGGAUACAAAGGAUCUUCACAAUAUCAUAAUUGUGUUAUCAUGCAUACUGAUGUUAAAAAGUCGUUUAACUACACAAACAACAUUUGAUGUGACAACAUUCGGAGCUGUAGGGAACGGACAUUCGGACGAUACACAGGCGUUCGUUCAAGCAUGGAAUAAAGUGUGUAAUGAUAAAGGAAAUAACCCAACAAUGGCUGUACCUGCCAAUAAGAGAUUCUUUGUGAGGCCAACCAGAUUUAUGGGUCCAUGUUCAUCUUCUUCCAUCACAGUUCAAAUUAAGGGUCAAAUCAUCGCACCAAAUAUGAAUCAAUUCAAUACUAAGACCAUGUGGAUAGUUUUCUCGAGUGUCAAUGGGCUUGUCCUUACUGGAACCGGUGGAUUCAGUGGUUCGGCAACUUUCAAUGACUGGUGGAGACCAGGACUAGGCGAAAAUAGGCCAGCGGCACUAAGGAUACUUGGAUGCACAAACGUAAUUAUCAAAGGUCUAACCUUCGUUCAACCACCGAGAGCCCACAUCGCCAUAACAAGUUGCACGACCGUUACAAUCACAAACAUUCAAAUAACUGCGCCUCAAAACAGUGAAAAUACUGACGGUAUAGACAUUUCUGGCUCUAGUAACAUCAAUAUUCAACAAAGCAACAUACAAACCGGAGACGAUUGUGUUGCUAUCAAUGGUGGCUGCUCGAACAUCAAUAUCACAAAUGUUAAUUGCGGCCCAGGCCAUGGAAUAAGUGUUGGAAGCUUAGGAAGAGAUGCAGGGAUUUUCGAAAGAGUUGAAAAUAUACAUGUGAAAAAUUGCACUUUCACGAGAACACAAAAUGCUGCCAGAAUAAAAACCGUGAAUGAAGGAAAUGGAUUUGCUAGAAUGAUCUCAUACGAGAAUAUUGUGUUGGUCGACGUCCAAAAUCCUAUUAUCAUUAAGCAAAACUAUUGUGUGAAACAAAAUUGUCCAUCCCAACCGUCAAAAGUAAAAGUAAGGGACGUUUCCUUCAGAGGAUUCAGAGGAACAACAGUGUCAGAUGUGGCAAUAAAUCUUAAAUGCAGUGCUUCGACACCAUGUGAGAACAUUAAAUUAGAGGGCAUUAACAUUAGGUCUUCUUAUAAGAAGCUUCUAAGCGCGAGUUGCUCCAAUGCCUAUGGAACAUCGAAUCCUUCAAAUGUUCCCACAUGUUCUUGUUUAAAACAAAAGUUGUCUUUUUAA